CGCUCUGCUUUUCUUCUCGUACUUUUGUGCCAUCUUCUGCGCUCGCUAAUUGACGACUAUCCCGAUCUACUGGAAGCCCCGAUUGCACUGGAGUCCACGCUGCUGUCCGACGUGUUGCGAGCUUUUGGUGCUUCAUACAUACCGGCGCCCCAAUCAUCGUCCGAGCGCAUUCCCACACCGCAACGUCUGACGCAGCCUUUUUGCACAGGCUCUGCUCGCAUGUAGAGGACCCGAAGGACUCUUUAAGCGGUCGAGCUCGCGUUGGAUUGAAAAGAGACGAGACUUCCAGCUUCUGCCGGCAGAAGCUUACGACGCACCGAAAGAGCUGGAUAAGAGCUCCCCAGGAAUCGAAAACCACCACACUUCGACACCAUGCCAGCCAUUGAAGAGAUUGUAGCGCGGCGGGCGGGCGAGGCUCUCCACAGCUUCGAGAAUGCGGUGUCGAUUGCCGAGCGGGAGGCUUCCUUGAUUGUUUCAACACUGGCGAAACGCAUAAACAUCCCCUACAACAGCUCGAGUCCGGCGGGUUUGAUAGAAGCAAACACGCGGGAUCCAUGGAACAAAUCGGGGAAAUAUGCCUUGGGGAUGGUGUAUUUCUGCUUGAUAUUACUGGUGGCGUCGGCGCUCCUUCGCUACUACCAUCUUUUUACCGACAAGAUCAGGACGGUGCUACAUCAAGAGGAGUUGAAACAAGUUUCGGAAAACAACUCGCCCACCGACUACGAGCUGGCGAACCUAUACACCGCAAAAUCCACCAAGUCAUUCUUCCCGAGUUCGGGGAUCCUACCGCAGCAGCCAAAGCCGAGAAAGGAGCAGUCAUCUGUGUCCUCGUUACGACCCGUAAAUUACACCAUUGCGUUUUUCAGAUAUAUCUUCUAUCGGCCAGUUCCCCAGCUCAGGUUACGAAAGGGGUGGUCACCUAUCGUAUUCCCAUCGUUAGCAGUCACUAUCAUUGUUUCUGCCAUGUUGGUGUUCGUCACUCUGUACUGUUUUGUGCCGCAACCUCUGUACUGGCAAAGCAUUGCCUAUGGGAGCCCUCCAUUGGCGAUUCGCGCGGGGAUGCUUGCGGUUGCUAUGAUGCCCUGGAUCGUGGGACUCUCCAUGAAGGCCAACAUCAUCUCCUUGAUCACUGGCAUUGGACACGAGCGUCUGAAUGUGCUGCAUCGAUGGGGAGGCUAUUUGUGCCUCUUCCUUAGUCUCAUCCAUACGAUUCCAUUCUACAUCACCCCUGUAUGGGAUCAAGGUGCCCUGCAAUUCUACCAAUCGCUCUUCAAAGGCAAUGGGAAUUUCUACGUCUAUGGAACUGGUGUCGCCUCGCUGGUCCCUCUGAUCUUCCUCUGCGUCCACUCCCUCCCGCAGCUCCGGAAUUGGAUGUACGAGCUUUUCGUCACUCUCCACGUUCCAGUCGCGAUUGUCUUCUUGGGAAUGCUCUUCUGGCAUUGCAGCAAUUACCUUACAUCCUGGAGUUAUCUCUGGGCUACGCUUACAAUCUGGUUGACCUCCUACCUGAUCCGCCUGUUCUUCCUCAAUUGGACCAACCCGUUCAAGUUGGCAUGGUUAGUCGGUGACGAGGCUGCCGUUACGAUAAUGCCCGAGAACGCCAUCAAGAUUACAGUUCCUACCCAGAUGCGGUGGAGGCCAGGCCAAUAUGUGUAUUUGAGAAUGCCCGGAAUCUCGGUCUUUGAGAACCACCCCUUCACUAUCGCUUCUCUAUGUAGCGAAGAUUUCCCCUCUGAGUAUGGUGAAGGCUACCGAGACAUGGUCCUCGUCUUCCGCCCCUUCGGAGGCUUCACCAGGAAGGUCCUCCGCAAAGCCAUCGAACAUGGCCCCUGGCACACCUACCGAGCCUUCCUCGACGGCCCCUAUGGAGGCAUGCAACGACGUAUCGAGGCAUUCGACCACGUCGUUCUUAUUGCCGGCGGUAGCGGCAUCACGGCCAUUGUCUCUCAACUGCUCGACCUCAUCAAGCGCAUGCGCGACGGAAAGGCAGUCACCAAGCACAUUCACGUCAUCUGGGCACUCAAACGCCCCGAGACCAUGGAAUGGUUCAAGGAAGAACUCCGCAUCUGCCGCGAAUACGCACCACCUGACACGGUCCGCUGCGAGUUCUACAUCACUGCCGCGAAACGUAUGACACAAACGGGGCAGCUCGUCUCAGCUCGCACACCCACUCGUCCAGUCAGUCUCUACUUCCACGACAAGGUCAACGACGCCUUCCAAGACAUCGCGAACAAACGCGACUCCCGCUUCUCCACGAAACGCCACUCGGCCCUCAUAAGAGACGAGGCCGCUGGCGACGAGGCCCGCGAAAAGGAACUUCGCGCCGAGAACGAGGAUGCCAUCACCGCCCUCCCACAAGCUCACGUGCGUGUCGCCGGCCCCAAGACCAACCUUCCCUCCACCAAUCAACCCUUGACCAACUCCAAUGCCAUCGCCCUCGCCGCACCUGUCCCGACCCUCCCCCUUCACGCUCGUCGCCGCAAUCGUAAUCUUAGCGUCGAUGUACCCUCUGCCCUCGAAGCCGCUAUCCCAGGCGGUCUUGACACCGUCGCACUCAAUACCGGAAACCAAGUCUCGCCUGUCAAUCCAGCAGGCUUCGACUUUGGCUUCCCAAGCACGCCGACCGAGUUCCAAAAGAACUUGAUGCGGUUUGCCUUCCUCCCUGCCGCCGUCAAGAAGAAGGACGGAUGGAGCACCGAGUACGGCCGCCCCGACAUCCCAUACACCCUCAAGCAACUCAGCAAAGACUUCGGGCGUCGAACCUGCGUCUUCGUCUGCGGACCCCCAACCAUGCGCAUCGACGUCUCAAACACCGUCGCCGAACUCCAGAAAGAGAUCUGGAGCGACCCGGAUAGAGACGAGCUCUUCUUGCACGCCGAGAACUACGCCGUAUAAGCGUGAAGUUCAGCAUCUGCCAUCUACCACGAACUAUCUGCAUCACAUUUCCAGUUAGAUCUUGUCAUUUACUGUGCAUACGUUCAUUAGCGAUUUUUGGUCACGUUACUGGUUUAUACCCACCUUUCAUUGUAUCUACAUUUUCUUUGAGGUUUGGUUUGUAAUUACUAGCGAUUUGGGGGCGGGGGAGAAUUAUGAUAUCCCAUAGGCUGGUACGGGUCCGCCUGGUUUAUGAAAGGUGUAGAGCAUUUGGCUGCAUGGCG